GUUCGUUCGCAGCAUUGAAGAUGAUUCUUGAUUCUUCCUUCCACUCCCCUCCUCUCCUCUCAUAACUUACUUGCUACUUGCAAACAUCCGCAGCUUCAAGUAAACUAUUUCCAGAAUCAGCUAUCGGACAGAUAACUAUGUCCUACCCCUACCACCAGCCACCGGUGAUGCACAGCCAAGGCCCACCAGCCCAGUGGGACUACAAUCAAGGACAAGGUCAUCCAACACCUUACCCCGGACUGCACGGUGCAUAUGGCCAACAACCAUCGGCGCCAGGCUGGCUGCCGCCGCCAGGAGGAGCUCAGCAGCACGGAUACCCCGCCAACAACAACUAUCAAUAUCCACCUCCACCUCCACAGCAGCAAGGGUACGGCCCCCCUCCCGCCUUUCCAUCGCUCGGCUAUGCGCCCGGCCAAAUGGCCCCCGGGGAUUUUCGUCGCGAAGCCGACGCCCUGCGCAAGGCGAUGAAAGGCUUCGGGACGGACGAGAAGGGCCUAAUUGCCGUGCUGGCCCGGCUAGAUCCGCUGCAGGUCGCCGCCGUCCGCGCCACGUACCAGUCCCACAUCCGCCGGGACCUCUACGCCGACGUCAAGUCCGAGACGAGCGGCUAUUUUCGCCAGGGGCUCCUCGCCAUCAUCGACGGCCCCCUGGCCCACGACACGGCGCUCGCCCGUGAAGCCGUGCAAGGGAUCGGCACCAAGGAAUGGCUCCUGAACGAGGUCCUCCUCGGCCGCUCGAACGCCGAUAUCCGUGCCAUUCAAGCCGCCUACGAACGCACCUAUCGCGGUCGCUCGCUCCAGCAAGACGUCGCCGACGACCUCUCCUUUAAGACCAAAACGCUCUUCACCGCCGUGCUGCGCGCCGCGCGCCACGAGGAAAGCAUGCCCAUCGACUACCGCCUCAUCGAGAGCGAAGCCCAGAACAUCCACGGCGCCACGGCCGCCCGCAUCGUCAACAACGCGGACGAAGUCACCGCCCUCUUUGCGCGUACCUCCGACAACGAACUCCGCGCGCUCAACCAGGCCUUUGCCAGCCGAUACCAUCUGUCUCUGGAAUCGCACAUCGAGAAGGAAUUCUCCGGGCACAUGAAGGACGCACUGCUGUACAUGCUCCGGACGGCCUUGGAUCCGGCGAUGCGCGACGCGGUCUUGCUGGAAGAGGCCAUGAAAGGGAUGGGGACAAAGGACAACCAGCUGGUGGUCCGCGUGGUGCGCCUCCACUGGAAUCGCCAACACAUGGAAAUCGUCAAGCGCGCUUACCACCACCGCUUUCGGACCGAUCUAAUCCAGCGUGUGAAGGGGGAGACAAGCGGGGAUUAUCAGAGGUUGCUUGUGGCUAUGCUGGAAUAGCGGCUGCGGUUGACACGUUGUCAGGAUUUUCCUUUUGUUGUUCACUUCGUCAAGUCUCACAGUUUUCUGGGCUGCACUGGCGUUUCUUUUGUGGAUUCUAUGGUGCUACUAUACCCUCUGUUACCCGGAUUGGUACGAGAUGAUGGCCUGUGGUUUUGCUUUUCUGUUACAUUUCUUUCUUACCUUCGUCGCCUAUCCAGAUAGUUCUAAUUGAUCAAAAUCAUAACACUCACAA